AUGCUUCGUCAGGGCGUCACCUCUUUCCCGCUUCGGUGGCUGGCCCGUGCCGCGUCGGGCGCAGCAGACGCCAGGCUGGUGGGCGCCACCAUUCUGCAGCGCUUCCCGCUGGUGGCUAAGGCGGACCCGCCGGCUGUGGCGGCAUACAAGGCACUGGCUGAGAGCAAAGCAGCUGAGACUCGCAAGACCUUCCCAGCGGAGGUCUACGCUGACCGGCGGUCGGCAGAGGCGGGAUCGGACGCUGCCGGCGCAGUGCCGCCGGCUGGCGCAGGGCCGGCGGUGGGCACCUCGUUCUGGGACAAGUACGAGACGCCUGCGCUGGAUCUGGCGGUGCCAGUGGGCGAGGUUGAUGCUGCGGCGACGCGUGCGGCGGCGGAUGCUGGCGAGCUGCAGACGACGGCCCGGGCUGUCGACGCCUCGCUGUAUCUGCUCCUCCGCAAGGACCGCGACGAUCAUCCGUGGCAGUUCCCGCAGGGUGGCUGGGAGGACGGUGAGACUAUGCGCCAGACGGCCGAGCGUGAGCUUAAGGAGGAGGUCGGCGAUGAGGCGCCGGUCUACUUUGUCUCCAACGCCCUUUUCUUCUACCGGGCGUGGUAUCUUGGCGACAACGGCUCCGACAUUGUGCCCAACGCUGAUGAGGGCCUCGUCGGCUACGCAUGGGCCACUAAGGCUGAGGUCGCUGCUCUCAUCUCGCCCGAUGUCUUUCCGGUUAUCGAGCCGCUGCUCGACCACUAA